CUUGCGGUGCGUGAUAAAUAAUCACGUGCUCUUUUAAUCUUAGGUUAUGAAGUUGAUUAGGAGUUUUAAAAAGCGAUCCUGUGCUAUUGAAGCAACAAAUGUAGGAGAUGUGGUGCGAAAAACAAGAGUAAAACACCGCCAAAUGGCAGAUAUAUCUACUCAAAUAAAUAAUCUACUCGUUCGUAAUAAGCAAUCAACAGAUUCAAUUAGUGAAGUAUUAAGAUCACUGCUCCAGUAUCUUAAUUCAGAUGCAAUAUAUUGUAGUAUGAUAUUUCCUUUAACUCGUGAUUUAGAAAAUGCUCAUUUCGAAUUGACCGAUACACUAAAUAAAUUGUUGCCAGAGUCGAUAUUUAAACAAAUGGCAAAAUAUAAACACUUAGAGCCUCAAUUAAAAGAAUGGGAAUCGUCAGCUCAGCGUGUAACUCGACAGAAACGUAACCUUGAUCAAAGUUGUAAUCGAAGUCGAAACACCGUUAAAAUUGAGAAAGCACAUAUUAAUUACAGAGCAUCUUCAAUGAAUCAUGAUUAUUUAACUAAUUAUUUAUUGGAUACAAUGAAUACACUUGAAAAUGAAGGCACAAUGGCCUGUUGUGAUGCUUUAUUUGUCCUUGUUUCAACAUACAAACAAUUUAGUGAUAGAAUAUGUUCUGUAUUGAACUGUCUAUUCGAAGAGGUGAAUAAACUUCAUGAAUGCGCUGCAAGAGAGUUGAAUGUAUCACAUACAAAAACGUUAUUGUCUAUAGAGAACGCUACUAAUGCAACAAAAUGGAGAGCUUCAAGUAUUAUGACUACAGAUGCAGAUGGUGGUGGCAGCUCAAAGUAUCGUAGUUCAUCAACAAGUCGCAUGAUGUCUAGUGAUGAAUAUGAUCCAUGUGGACAUUCUGCUGUGCAAAUCAGUAAUCCGUCUUCAGAAUUUGAAAACAGUGGCGAACUAUUGAGGAGUCUGAAAAGUCAAAAAUUAUCUAAUGGAACAAUAAGCUCUACUAAUUCAUAUCAUCGUUCAAGUAUAAUAAGCAAAUCAACCCUGCCUGUACCACCACCGACUAGAACAGCAACAAAUAGUUUACAGUCAACGGAAACACUAAUACAGGACAAUGAAGAUAAAACAUUAUGUAAUGCAUCUUCACCAACAGUUACAGUAUCAGAAGAAAUUAUUGAUAUGCACAACGACAGUAGCACUAACAAUAAUGAUAAUAAGCGAAAAUUAAGAGAAGUGAAUCUUUCGAAUAAUAUUACUAUUCCAGGAAUAAGUAAUAAUGAUACAUUGGGUAAAAGUAAUGCGACUAACAACUCUGAGAGCCUUCACAAUAACAACAGUGCUAAAACUCAUUAUGAAGGCAACAAAAAGGAACAGGUGACCGUGACAAACAAUCAUUUGUCCAGUACUACUUUACCUUCAUCUACAAACUAUUCCAUUACUCAAUUUAAUUCGUAUCCUCAGCAUUAUCAUCGCCAAACGUUAUAUAAUUCCAGUAAUUGUCAAAAAACAGGUGAUUCAAGGAAUCCGACGGUGAAAAGUAAUAACUGUAUCGCUGGCAGCAGCAGUAGUAGUAGUAGUAAUAGUAGUGGUGGUGGUGGUGGGAAUAGUACUCAUGCUGAUAAAGCAGAAAUGACUUUACCAAUCGAUACGGUUUUAUAUUUUAGAGAUAAAAAUUAUGCUACUGAAAAAGAAUUAAGUAAUAAAAUAUCUUUAUAUAAAAACGAAGAGGUGCCUUUUAGAGUAAUGAAAGAUCAUGAUGUUGUUAGUAGUUACGAUGAAGAAAGUAGUGACAGUUUUAUUCCUAUUGUUAUUCAUAAAAAUUGCUCAACUAACACUACACCUAUAGACAAUAGUAGUGAUGGUAAUAGUAAUAAUAAUAAUAAUGGUUAUCCAAAAAUAUGUCCCAGUCGUAAUAUUACUAACAAUACUACUACUGUUUUAACUGAUGUAAUAAACAGUGACAGGAUUUCGAAUAGGGAAACAAUAUUUUUAAAUGAUAAUGAAAUUAGAUCAUCAAGACAAAAUCUGAUACCAUGGGGAUGUCUACCGUCACCAAUAACUGAGAGGAUGAAUAGUGUAAGUGCUAUUGGUAUAUAAAUGUGUAUUUUCGCGAAGAGCAAUAUACGCUUACUUUAUCAUAGAAAUCAGGCUCAACAUGAAUCAAUCAAAUAUCAAUUUAUAACCUUUCAAAAACCAUCAGUAUGAUCAAAAAUUGACAGUUCUUAUAUAUUUAUAUCUGGCAUAAUUAUCUUCAUCACUAUCAUCAUUAUUACCUAUGAUAUUCAUUAUCGAAUAUGGUCGAAUAUGUAUUGCCUUUUUCGAUCUCUUUGUUGUUUGUAAUCUGCUUUAAGAUACUGUAUGGAAUUAUCUACUUUGCUUUAUUUAUCAUUGUGUUAUGCUUUUUUUUGGUUGAUAAUGUUAAUAAAUGUUCUACUAUUUAUUAUCAUACUACAAAACAAUAAGAGAUGAUUAAAUCAAUUGUCCGAUACGGCAUACAAAUGUAUUCGCUUUUUUGUCAACUAAUAAUUCAGACAGUCCAUUACGUCGAUGAAAUUCCUUGUUUUGUUUCGAUUGUAAUUGCAGAAUUACAAGUUUAAAAAUGAUUUUCAUGUGGUUGUGUUCUCUCUCAGCU